UCGCGGCGGGCGUGGUAGGGGCAUGGUCCUACCGGCCUGGAUGACCCAAAACAAGGGGGUUCAGCCGGUAGCGGGCGGCCUAGGGUCGGACAAGGCCGUCGCCGCCGGCAUGACGGUGCAGGAGCAGCAGCGCGCACCGGGCGGCCUUCAGGAUGCGGCGCUCUCUCGGUUCUCGCAGGCGCCACGCGCCCCUGCUCCGGCUCCGGCGUCCACGAAGCCGCCCCCUUCGGUGGGAGGGGCUAGACCCGGGGCUCCUUCGGGCGCCCCGCCUGGGGCCCCGCCAAAUGCUCCGCCUGGGGCUCCACCAACUGCUCCGCCUGUUGCCCCUCCAACCGCUCCGCCUGGUGCCCCGCCUGGGGCUCCGCCUGGGGCUCCGCCUGGGGCUCCGCCUGGGGCUCCGCCUGGGGCGCCCCCGAGAGGUGCACCCCCCACGAGGCCACCGGGACGUGCUGGUUUGGGGUUCACCCCGCCGCCGGGCGCCGCCCCGGCUCAGCGUGCGACGUCGAGCUUUAGUUCCCCGCCUGUCAGCCGAGGCGCUCCUCCGCCGGUUUCGGCCCAGCAACCGCCGCCGCAGCAGCAGCAGCAGCAGCGCCAGCCGCAGCAGCGCCAGCCGCAGCAGCACCAACAGCUGCACCAACAGCACCACCAACAGCACCACCCCAACCAGGCGGCUCCUAUGUACAGCAUGCCCCCACAACAGCACCACCCCAUGUACCCCUACGGCCAGCAGCCCCCGGCCAUGGGCGGGGUGCCCCCCAUAAUGAUGGUGCCGCCGUACGGCCGUCCGCCCAUGGCGCCCGGGAUGGCCCCGCCGCGCUUGGCCCCGCCGCCGGUGGCCCCGGUUGCUCACGGGUGGACGGAGCACAAGGCUCCGGACGGAAGGCCGUACUACUACAACUCCAUCACGCGCGUCAGCUCGUACGACAAGCCGGUGGAGCUUAAGACGCCCCAGGAGAAAGCAGCGGCGGCUGUGGCGGCUGCGGCCGCCGCUCAGACUUCUGCGUCCUCCUCCCCUGCCGCCAAGCCGACCACCCCGGUCGUGAUCGCCGCCGCCGCCACGGGGCCGACCGUAAAGUCUUCCCCGAUGUCGGCGGCGAACCCUGCCACUAGCGCGGCCCCCGCCGUGGUCGCCACCGUCGCCGCUGUCGCCACUGCCACCCCUGCUGCCAAGGCCACUACCGCUGCUACUUCCCCGGCUCCUGCGGCGAUAGUCCCUCCCGUGGCGCCCAAGCCAGCGGCUCCGGUGGCUCCGGUGGUGAUCCCCAAGUGCAAGUGGAAGGCCUACGACGGCCCCGGCGGUCGCAAGUACUACAGCGACGGGAAGGCCUCGGUGUGGGACAAGCCCAAGGAGCUCAAGGACUACGAGGCGGCCGUGGCCGCGGCUGCCGCCGCCGAGAAGCUGAAGGCUGCCGCCGCCGCCGCCGCCCAGCCCCCCACCGCCGCCCCCGCUGCCGCAGAAACGGCGGCCGGUUCCCCCGCUGCGUCUACAAUGGACGCCGGCGUCGGCGCUCGCGCUCGCGCUGCUGCCGCCGCCGCCGCCGGCGGUGAGGCCGCAGAAACGGCCGCGGCCGUCGAGGUGAAGGCUGAGCCCGAGCCUGCGGUUGAGCUGGUGGGCUUCGGAGGGGCUAACGGGGUGGCCCUUAAGCUUGUUGAGACGCCGGAGCCGGAGAAGGCGGCGUCUCCGUCUGAGAGCAGUGCGAAUGGCACUGGCGGCGGGAAGAACAAGGGGGGAAAGAAGGGCAAGCCCGCGGUGGCGAAGGUGGAGUACAACACCGAGGAGGAGAAGAAGGAGGCCUUCGUGGAGAUGCUCAAGGAGUGCGAGGUCACCAGCACAACCAAGUGGCCUGAGACCCAGCGGUACUGUCAGUCCGAUCCCCGGUGGGAGCUCCUGAGGAAGGGCUCUCGCCGCCAGAUAUGGACGGAAUACCAAAACAAGAGGCGGAAGGAAGAAGCCGAGGAGAAGCGAUCCAAGGCGAAGAAGGCUCGCAUGGGUUUCAUGAAGAUGCUCGCCCAGAACACGCAGAUCGACGGCCGGUCGCGCUGGGACGAGGCGGAGCGUACCCUUCGCGACGACGCUCGAUUUAAGGCCGUGCCCGACUCUGCCGACAGGGAGGACCUGUUCAACGAGUUCGUGGAGGCCUUGACCAAGAAGGAAAAGGAGGACCGUCGUGCCGCCCAGAAGCUGGCCUCCGAGCGUUUCGUGGAGUUCCUCGAGGCGGAGUACCUGUCCCUCGGCAUCACCUUCCGGACCACCUGGCGCGACUCGAGGGACGUGAUCGAGCGCAAGGCCCCCGCAGAGACGGACGUGCUCGAAGACAGCGACCGCCGCAGGCUGCUGGACGACCUCGUCACCAAGCUCUGCAAGGCCGAGGACGAGCGCAAGGCGAGGGAGAGGGACGAGCGGAGGAGGCAGGACCGCCUCCGCCGAGAGGACUUCAAGGAGUUCCUCCAGGGCAUGGUGGAGGAGAACGCCAUCACGGCGGACACGACGUGGAAGGACCUGAAGCGGUCGAUCGAGGAGGAGGACGCCUACAAGGCCAUGGACGACCAGCCCGGCGGCGCCCGGGACGUUUUCGACGACAUCGUGGCCGACCUUCGGCGGCAGUUCCGUGACGACAAGAGGUGCGUCGAGGCCCUCAUGGAGGAGGCCAAGUUUGUCGUGACGCCGGAGACGAAGCAGCUCGAGUUCGAGGCUGCCCUUCUCGCCCACGAGGACGACAAGUGCGCCGAGUACGAGCAGAAACAGAAGGCCGCUAAGGAGGCCGCCACCGCUUCCGGCAAGGGCGAGGGCAAGGAUGACGGCAGCAAGGAGAAGUCGAACGGGAAGGGUAAGGACAAGGACGGCAGUGAGGAUGGCAGCAGGAGAGGCCGCAGCCGCAGCAGGAGCCGCAGCCGGAGCGGGAACAGGAGGCGCAGGAGCAGCAGGAGCCGCAGCCGUAGCGAUAGCAGGAGCCGCAGCAGGAGCGGGAGCAGGGGCCGAGGAGGAGGCAAGGUGUCCCGCAGGAGGGAACGGAGGGACAGGGGGGACAAGAAAGACAAAGCGGCGGACGACCCCCCUCCCAAGAGGGUGUUCCAGGAGAUCCUGGACAAGAGGGCGGUCAACCUCGGCAUCGUUUUCGAAGCUCUGGUUGAGAAGGCCCAAGUCAAGCGCAAGGAAGAGGAGCGCCAGCGCGAGCGUCGCGAGAAGAAGUUUGGCGACCUUCUUGAGGACUAUUUCUACCGCUCCGAUCACGUGGACAUCGACUGGGAGCAGGGCCGGGAAAAGAUCGGGAAGCACUCCGUGGUUAAAGAGAUGGAGGAGGACGACUGCAAGCGCAUGUUCGAUGAGCACAUGUCGAUGCUGAAGGAGAAGAUGGCCAAGAAGGCCGCUCGGCAGGAACAGAUGCGCCUGGAGAGAGAGGCCAAGCGCAAGGAGCGCGAGGAACGCGAGAAGGAGGAGCGCGACAGGCGCUCUUCGAAACGGGGGCGGUCAUCGUCUAGAUCCUACUCGGACAGGUCCUACUCCAGAUCCAGAUCUCGCUCGCGCGGCAGCAGCAGAAGCGAUCGCAGGUCGAGGUCUCGUUCGGUGUCGAGGUCCCGGUCCCUGGACUCGAGGGGCCGCUCCAGAGACCGCAAGCACCACAGCAGCAGCCACAAGAAGUCGAAGAAGAGGCACAGGAGCCGCUCGCCCGACUCGCCGUACCAGUCUUACUCGGCCCCCGUCGAGAAGCACAAGAAGGAGAAGAAGAAGUCCAAGAAGAACAAGAAGGACAAAAAGGACAAGCGCGACAAGGACAAGGAUCGCCACUCCUCCAAGCACGGCGACAAGGAGAGCAAGGACAAGCAUGCCUCCGCGGCAGCCUCCAACUCCCGCAAGGACUCUAUGGCUGUCGACUCUGCCGAUGAUGAGGAAGGUCAGGUUGACGUUAACAAGGGCAAGAAGGAGAAGGAGAAUGGCGAGGGGGCCUCUCCUGCCACCAAGCGACCGCGCGUUGGAGCGGACAAGGUGGCGGAUGCUGGUGGUGAUGGUCAUGGUGAUGGUGGAGACGGUUCUCGGGAGAAGAGGGUGGCCGCACUGGAACGCGCGCACAAGGUGGAAGAGAACGGGAACGGUAGCGCCCCUGUCCCCUUGUGAGCUAUAGUAGUUGUCACAGAAUCUGUAGCAAACCCGCAGUCGGCCAGUGAUCGAUCGACCGGUUUUUGAUGGGUGCCAUGUUCGGGGUUGGAUCGGUUCGCUUGCUGUAUUCUAGGUGGGCGGGGGCUGGGGAGGGGGCGGGUUGAUGCUGUGCGCUUUUUGUUUUUGUUUGCUGCGGGUGUGGUCUGAGUGAAAGAAAGGGGAGUUUGUGACUCAAAUGUUGGAGGUACCAAAACCAAACCUGACACGAUGAGGGGGUGGGGCGGGGGCGGCUCGGACAUGUAGACCGAAUCACUCGUACAGGGUCUUUCAUCAGGGCGAUGCUACGAUACACACUGGAUGGUUUGUUUUCGUGGUCUGUAGGUUAAAGCACUAGACAGCUGGCGUUGACUUCUCUUUUGGUAAAAAGUGUUGGAUGCGCGGGAUAAUCCAAGCUCUCCGGGCAAGCGUGGUGUUGAUGAAGGGCCGCGCCAUUUGUGACCAUGCCUAGUACGAUGAAGGGCGGGAAAACUGGCUGAAGGUGGACAUCUUUCGUAUCAGCCUGUCGUGGGGUUUUACAUGAAACGAGUAACGGCGGAUAGGAUGUAGUCAUGCACAGGCUUUGGGUAUAGCAUGGAGACAGAAAAAUUGAGAAUAUUUGUGACACUGGUGAUGAUGUUAUGUCGUGUUUUGUGCACGUUUUCCAAGGGUUUCCGACCCUUGUUGGUGCAUCUCAAUAAUCUCAGUCAUCUCAAUCAUCCUUGCUCGGGGACGGACGAUCCAGGCAAACGCUUCAUAUGGUUCAUAUGGUACACGCAGCAGGGUUGGCGUUACAAUUUUGGUGAAUCCAGCAACGACGCUUGAAACACAGCACUCA